GGAAGUUCCCGGGGGCCGUGGGGACGGCGUACACACCACGAGUCACUUGUCAGCGCUCGUCUUAGGCGGAGGCAUCGCCGCGCCGGACCCGAGUUUCUUUCAUUUUUGGGCAUUGGACUUUGAGCCAUUAGAACCAUGAGCAACUACAGUGUGUCCUUGGUUGGCCCAGCUCCUUGGGGUUUCCGGCUACAAGGUGGCAAGGAUUUCAACAUGCCUCUGACAAUCUCUAGCCUAAAAGAUGGCGGCAAAGCAUCCCAGGCAAACGUAAGAAUAGGUGAUGUGGUUCUCAGCAUUGAUGGAAUAAGUGCACAUGGCAUGACUCAUCUUGAAGCCCAGAACAAGAUUAAGGGUUGUACAGGCUCUUUGAAUAUGACUCUGCAAAGAGCAUCUGCUACACCCAAGCCUGAGCCGGUUCCUGUUCAAAAGGGAGAACCUAAAGAAGUAGUUAAACCUGUGCCCAUUCCAUCUCCUGCUGUGUCCAAAGUCACUUCCACAACCAACAUGGCCUACAAUAAGGCACCACGACCCUUUGGUUCUGUGUCUUCACCAAAAGUCACAUCCAUCCCAUCACCAUCGUCCGCCUUCACCCCAGCCCACGCGACCACUUCAUCACAUGCUUCCCCUGCACCCGGGGCCGCUGUCACUCCUCCCCCAUUCGCUGCAUCUGGACCGCAUGCUAAUGCCAGUGUUAGUGCUGACCAGCGGUCAUCUGCACUGAGCGCUGGUAAACCUGCAGUUAAUGUCCCACGGCAGCCCACAGUCACCAGCGUGUGUGCCGAGACUGCCCAGGAGCUAGCGGAGGGACAGAGAAGAGGAUCCCAGGGUGACAGUAAACAGCAAAAUGGGAAAAUCCUACCCAAACGCCCACCAAGAAAACACAUUAUGGAUCGUUAUACAGAGUUUUAUCACAUACCUACUCACAGUGAUGCCAGUAAGAAGAGACUGAUUGAAGAUACUGAAGACUGGCGUCCAAGGACUGGAACGACUCAGUCUCGCUCUUUCCGAAUCCUCGCCCAGAUCACUGGGACUGAACGUAUGAAAGAAUCUGAAACUGAUAAUACAAAGAAGGCAAAGUUUGACAGUUCUCUGGAAGAUCUACCUGAGAGUGGACCUCACCCACCUGCAACUCCUCAGGUUUUACAUGUUGGUAGCCAAGUAGCCACACUUUCUAAAGUAACUACGUAUCCUAGCAGCUCCACAAGAAAUGUGGCGACAAGUUCUUUGGAAGGGUCUCGAAACUUGCCUACCUUGUCUUCUCCUGCUAGAUAUAGUGCUGCCGUUCUGAGCAGCGCAGCCGCUACUGUGUCUGCUGUUCUUGCUGCAAAAACCAGGCUCUCCAGUCCUGAAAAAUAUCACUCACUCCUGGAUGCACUUUGCAUCAGCCCUGUUUCCAAGCCUUUAGCUUUUUCAUAUCUCCAGCCCUCGAGGAAAUCAACUGACUCUGUCCAUGUUAAGAAAACCAGCAGCGCCCAGGAGCCCUCUCAGCCACUGGCCGCCGCCGCAGCUGCAGCUGGGAGCACGCCUGAGGGGCCGGGAAGCCCAGGCUCGGCCAGACCAGGGGUGGCCGGGCUCACCACUGCUGCCGCCUUCAAGCCUCUAGGGUCCACCGGUGGCAUCAAGUCACCAAGCUGGCAACGGCCCAACCAAGCAGCACCUUCUACCAGAAGAGUCGCAAGCAGCGGGACAUCCACAGGAGCAGUGGCAUCAGCCAACUCAGCCGAAAGGCAGCCCCAGCCCAGUGAUGAGGACACUUUGGUGCAAAGGGCCGAGCACAUUCCCGCAGGGAAACGAACUCCGAUGUGUGCCCACUGCAACCAGGUCAUCAGGGGACCAUUCCUAGUGGCACUGGGGAAAUCUUGGCACCCAGAAGAAUUUAACUGUGCUCACUGCAAAAAUACGAUGGCCUACAUUGGAUUCGUAGAGGAGCAGGGAGCCCUGUAUUGUGAGCUCUGCUAUGAGAGAUUCUUUGCCCCUGUAUGUGGUCGAUGCCAGAGGAAGAUCCUUGGAGAAGUCAUCAAUGCUUUGAAACAAACUUGGCAUGUUUCCUGUUUUGUGUGUGUGGCCUGUGGGAAACCCAUUCGUAAUAAUGUCUUUCACUUGGAGGACGGCGAGCCCUACUGUGAGACUGAUUAUUAUGCCCUCUUUGGCACUAUAUGCCAUGGAUGUGAGUUUCCCAUAGAAGCUGGUGACAUGUUCCUGGAAGCUCUGGCCUACACCUGGCACGACACUUGCUUUGUAUGCUCAGUAUGUUGUGAAAGUUUGGAAGGUCAGACCUUUUUCUCCAAGAAAGACAAGCCACUUUGCAAGAAACAUGCUCACUCUGUGAAUAUUUGAAAGUCAACAGUCCAGGGGAAGAGAAGAAAUUUGAAGAGAAAGAGGAGAAUUUAAAUCACCGAUUAAUUUUUAGAUUUAAUAUUUAUAUGGAGUUUUGAAAAAUAAUAGUGGCCCUGAAGGGAUAAAUUCCAGGCUUCGAAAACCAAGUCUAUGAGGAAACAUCUGGUUUCAUAAAGUAAAGAGACAGUUUGGCGUUUAUUAUUACUUUCUUUCCCGCAUUUUCUGCCCAUAAAAUAACUUUUAUAAAAGCCAGUUUCCUGGUUGACUAUUAAAUUCAUCUUAGAAUAAAUCAGUGAAGAACUAAAUUUUAGAAUAAAAGCCUUCAACCUCUAUGCUGAAAUAAUUAUACCUUCUUUCCAUACUAGGUAGUGGUGAGUAAAUCUAUAAAAGGCAAUAAAAAUGCCUUCACUUAAUUAAUAAGUGAGACAUGGUGUUUUUUUUAAAAAAAAUAGUGUUUAUCUUUAAAACAGUAAAUAGGAGUUUAAACAGAAUUUUAUCAAUAGUAGGUGUCAGGGUUUUUUAAACUGUAUACUUUUUUUUUUUUUUGUCUUUACAGUUGAUCAUUCCAGUAGGAAAGGCCAAUGAGAUUUUGAUCAAAAUGUGUCAUGCCCAAAAGAGAUGUUAUAUUUUUCUCUGAUCCCCUCCACCCCAGAAAAGCUACCAUAUAGCUUAUAAACUUUAAAUUUUUGCCUUUUAUUAAAAUAUGACCAUUUCUACUCAUUGUGUAUGUUUCACCACCUGUAUUAGUCAAACUAUUUUUUUUCCCUUCCCCAUGCUGAGGUAAAGACCUUGUUGAAUAACUUUGGACUCUGAAAGUUUUCUCUGUCUUUAAAGAGAAUAAAGAGAAAAGAAUGCUGUUGGGAAUUAUGGUAAAUCAGAGGAUUAGAUCAGAAAAUUUUUUAAAUUCUCCCUUUUUGGACAAUGAAUCAAUUAGAUCAGUUUCAGAGUUAUACUACUGACUGAUGAAGGUUUGAAAUUUCUCUUUGCAGAAUAAUUUUUUUCUUUAGUUCUACAUUGGAAAAAUAAAAGAUUGGCUUGGGGAUGUGAUAAAAAUUUAGAUUUUUUUUU